AUGACAAGCACUCUUUCUACCAAAUGUGUUUUGUUAUAUAUUUUUCUUGGCUUGUUGUCUGUUGUCACAGUAUGUGGAAACCUUCUUGUAAUAAUCUCCAUCAUUUACUUCAAACAGCUCCACACUCCUACAAACUCUCUCAUCCUCUCUCUGGCUGUGGCUGACCUGCUUGUUGGGGUUGUAGUUUUUCCUUUCAGCAUGGCGUUUGCUCUUAGCUCAUGUUUGUAUUAUGAACAUUUAUUCUGCAAAGUGCGUUACGGCUUUGAUGUAACACUGAGCACGGCUUCCAUUCUGAAUUUAUGUUGCAUAUCUAUUGACAGAUAUUAUGCAGUGUGUCAGCCUCUGACAUACAGAACUAAGAUAAAUGUUAACAUUGUUGUGGUCAUGAUCCUCAUUAAUUGGAGUGUUUCUGUUCUAGUUGCCAUUGGCUUUAUAAUUCCGAGAUUAAAUCUUAAAAAAUGUCAGGAAAAUUGUUUUACUGAUGCUCUACUUACAAACAUUUUGGGACCCAUUUUUUCCUUUUACCUGCCAGUGAUUAUAAUGCUCUGUAUCUACCUAAAGAUUUUCCUUGUGGCAC